GGACAUAAUUCAUGUAUUUCAAUGACAUUAAAUGCAUCUUUGAAAUUUGAGCACAAGAGAGAGCAUAUCUAUUUUGGGAUGGACCAUCCUUGUUGUGAACCGUUUAAUUUGUGCAACAAAACUGUCGCAUGCCAAGGCAUGCCCUUGCUGUGCUUGGGGCUUACAAGGAACAAAAGAGGAAAGAACCAGCUGGCCUUUAGUGAGGGAAAGGAGAGGGGCAUAAUCAGGUUUGGCCAUUUCGUUGCUUCAAGUGAAGGUAAGAUAAGCCUGCAUGUUCACCAGACCAGGGAGGAAGUUCCAAGUGUCGCCAGUGCAUUCAACAAAGGAUGAAAGAUCUCUGUGUCUUUCUCAGUUAUUGAAUAAUAAUGCCUUUGAUGGUGUCCAGUUCUAGUCAGGUCGUCUUUCCUAGAUGUAUAUAUUUAUUUAAGGCCAAUCCUCCCUACUUAAAUUUCACUUUCAAAAAUUUAAUGCUUUAGGGGUUCUUGAUCAGUACAAGUAUAACCACUUUUUUCAUUACUUGAUUUAAUCUUUAAUACCAGCAGUUGAAGCUCUCUAGUCUCUAGCUUCUCCUUUCAACUCCAUGGCAACAUUAUUAGCAUCACACCGUCGAUUUCUCUCUCUUAUCAUAACCAUGAUUUCGAUUGUUCUUGCUUUCCUCUGCUUGACCACCACAAUGGCCGAAGUGAUAGCCGCAAGAAGCCACCGACAAUAUGCCGUGAAACUUAUUCACUGGAAUUCUGUUCUCUCUCCGUAUUACACAACUGAUGCAAACAUGUCCAAACCAGCUACUCGUGCAGUCAGAAGCUCUAUGGCGCGUCUGGCCUACUUGGAAGCAAAAGCCACCGGCACCUUUUUUGCCCCCAAUGACGUCCGUGGCCGCUUUGUUGCAGAAGAGGGCGCGACACAGCUCAUGGUGAAUCUCUCGAUAGGCCAGCCCCCUGUGCAGCAACUAACGACCAUGGACACGGGGAGCGGCUUGCUCUGGAUCCAAUGCCUGCCUUGCACAAAGUGCUUUGAGCAAUCAAACCCGCUUUUCGAUCCUUCCAAAUCCUCCACGUAUGCGAACUUAUCAUGCACUUCUCCUUACUGCACCUACUUGCCUCCGGGCGACAGAUGCAACCCAGCCAACUAUUGUAAAUUCUCCAACAGCUACCUCGAUGGAAUCACCGUGAAGGGGCUCUUCGGCACGGAGACGCUCACGUUCGAGACGUCCGACGAGGGGGAAGCGAAGAUCUCGAAUAUGGUCAUCGGGUGUGGCCAUGACAAUGAUGGUUACAAUGACCAGCCUAGUGGGAUCAUGGGCCUUGGCCCUGAGAAUGUGUCUCUGGCUACAAAAAUGGGGUCUAAAUUCUCUUUCUGCAUUGGAAGCUUAAAAGACCCUCACUAUGCUCAUAACCAACUGAUUUUAGGUGAUGAUGCUGUGACUGAAGGGGACUCGACCCCAUUGGAGGUCUUCAAUAACCUCUACUUCCUAACUUUGGAAGGAAUCAGCGUUGGAGGGAAAAUGCUCAACAUCGACCCUGCGGUGUUCUGGAGGACGCCGUCUGGCACGGGUGGGGUCGUCAUCGACUCCGGAACCACGAUCAUCCUCCUAACGUGGAACGCAUUUGAUCCUCUCAGCAAGGAGGUUCAGAGGCUGCUGAAUGGGUCCUUCGAGCGGGUUGAGAACCCAUACAGCCCGUCCGGCUUAUGCUACAAGGGAAACAUGAGCAGUGACCUCACCGGGUUCCCCAUGGUCGGGCUUCACUUCGCUGGUGGGGCCAUUCUAGGACUAGAUGUGGAGAGCUUUUUUCAUGAUAAUGGACCAGAGACAUCAGGUGAAGGCGGAGUUUUAGUCGACACGGGAUCAGUACUGACUUGGCUGAAGACAGAUGGCUACGUUCCACUCCAGAACGAAGUCCAGAGCUUGCUUGACAAGCGAGGCUUAAGGAGGGUCAAAUACGGGCACAACCUGGCGAUGCUGUGUUACGCGGGGACUGCAGAGAGAGAGGUGAGCGAUUUUCCGGUGGUGGCGCUUCAUUUUGAUGGGGGGGUCAAGCUGAACAUGACCGCAAAGAGCUUCUUCUUCCAGAGGAAGCCGGGUUUCUUUUGCAUGGCAGUGGCUGAGAGCCAACCGAGUCUCAAUGGCUGUCUCUAAUUGGAGCGUUGGCUCAACAGCAUCACAAUUUCGGGUACGACAAUGCUCAAGGGAAGAUCUUCUUCGAAAGAAUUGAAUGUGAACAGCUUGCUGAAUGACUUAUGUGUCAAGUCAAUAAUAAGACAAUAAUUUAUGCUCCA